GAAACAAAAAAGCGUUGACGACAAAAGCACAUAAGCUAAGCGAAAGGGCCAACCCAAGAUAGGGGAACUCGUUAUCAACUGAAACUCCAACGACGACCACUUCCUCGUUCUCACCACCGUUUCUAACGCACACUCUUUCUCUUUGCUAUCUCCUCCGUUAAUCUCUCUCUCUCACACACAUACACUAACUAUCUAACUAACCAUCAUGAGUCCCUACAUUUUCGGUGUCAUAAUCCCUCUCCUCGUCACCCUUCUCCUCCGCAACUCAAAGGAUCCAAAACGACGCGGCGUUCCGGUCCAAGUGGGGGGCCAACCCGGUCUGGCACUCCGCAACCGCCGGUUCCAGUCACCGGUUGAGAGCGCGUGGGAAGGCGUCACCACACUCGCCGAGCUGUUCGAGGAGGCCUGUAGGAGGCACGCGCAGAGGCUCCUUCUGGGGACACGGAGCGUGCUGUCCAGGGAAGUAGAGACUAGCCAUGACGGCAGGUCGUUUGAGAAGCUUCACUUGGGGGAUUACCAGUGGCUCUCAUACGACAAAGUCUUCCAUGGCGUUUCGAGCUUCGCCUCUGGCUUGGCUUACCUUGGACAUGUCAGGGAAGAGCGUGCUGCUAUCUUCGCUGACACGCGCCAAGAGUGGUUCAUUGCGCUUCAGGGUUGUUUCAGACGCAAUGUAACAGUUGUGACUAUAUAUGCAUCAUUGGGAGAGGAAGCUUUAUGUUACUCAUUGAAUGAGACAGAGGUUACAACAGUGAUUUGUGGACAAAAAGAAUUGAGAACACUUGUAAAUAUUAGCGGACAACUAGACACGGUGAAACGUGUCAUAUGCAUGGAUGAUAAUAUCCCCUUUGAUGCCUCAUCUGUUGCAAAUGGCUGGACAAUCACUUCCUUUGCUGAGGUUGAGAAACUUGGUAGGGAAAAUCCUGUUGACGCUGAUUUACCUCUUCCAGCAGAUGUUGCAGUUAUAAUGUAUACAAGUGGAAGUACAGGAUUACCUAAGGGUGUGAUGAUGACACAUGGGAAUGUCUUGGCUACACUCUCUGCUGUGAUGACUAUUGUUCCUGACAUUGGGAUAAAGGAUAUAUAUCUAGCGUACUUACCCAUGGCUCAUAUCCUUGAAUUAGCUGCUGAGAAUUUGAUGGCAGCUGUUGGAGUUCCCAUAGGAUAUGGAUCUCCUUUGACUCUGACUGAUACAUCAAACAAGAUAAAAAAAGGAACAAAGGGGGAUGCUACUGCACUGAUGCCAACUUUAAUGGCAGCUGUACCAGCAAUUCUUGACCGUGUUCGUGAUGGAGUGUUCAAGAAGGUAAAUGCAACAGGAGGAUUACCAAAGAAGUUAUUUCAUUUAGCCUAUGCGCGAAGGUUGCAUGCAAUUAAUGGUAGUUGGUUUGGAGCUUGGGGCUUGGAAAAGGCUCUUUGGAAUUUUCUUGUGUUUAAAAAGGUCCGAGCAAUUCUGGGUGGUCGUAUCCGGUUUAUAUUGUCCGGUGGUGCUCCCCUUUCUGGUGAUACCCAGAAAUUCAUCAAUAUUUGUCUUGGUGCUCCAAUAGGUCAAGGAUAUGGUCUUACAGAGACUUGUGCUGGUGGAACAUUCUCUGACGUUGAUGAUACAUCUGUUGGCCGUGUUGGACCACCUCUUCCUUGUUCAUUUAUUAAGCUAAUCGACUGGCCUGAAGGUGGAUAUUUAAUCAAGGACUCGCCGAUGCCCCGUGGUGAAAUUGUAAUUGGUGGUCCAAAUGUCACUCUUGGGUACUUCAAAUAUGAAGAAAAGACAAAAGAAUCAUACAAGGUUGAUGAAAGAGGAAUGAGGUGGUUCUACACUGGUGACAUUGGGAGAUUUCAUCCAGAUGGAUGCCUUGAAAUCAUUGAUCGUAAGAAGGACAUUGUUAAACUGCAGCAUGGAGAAUAUGUCUCCUUGGGAAAGGUUGAGGCAGCUCUUAUUGUGAGCCCCUUUGUGGACAAUAUCAUGGUUCAUGCUGAUCCUUUCCAUAGUUACUGUGUGGCACUUGUGGUGGGUUCUCAGUCCGCAUUGGAAGAAUGGGCUUCAAAGCAAGGAAUUUCUUAUCAUGAUUUUUCAGAACUGUGCUCGAAAGAAGAAACUGUGAAGGAGGUUCACGCAUCACUUGUAACGGAAGCAAAGAAGGCUCAUUUGGAGAAAUUUGAGAUUCCUGAAAAAAUUAAAUUGCUUUCUGACCCAUGGACUCCAGAGUCUGGCCUAGUCACUGCUGCUCUCAAGCUCAAAAGAGAGACCAUCAAAAAGAAUUUACAGGAAGAACUUUCCAAGUUGUAUGCUUCAUAGGCUAAGGAUAAGGACCCAUUUGAUCUUUUUCACACUCACCCUUUUUAAUUGCUUCAAGCAAAGGGUUGAGGUGAGGAGAGGUUUUGUAUUUUUAUUUUCCAUCACUAAUUCUUUUUAUUUUUCCAUGUUAAGUUAAUCAUGCAUAAUGAGGGGCUACUGCGAGAAGAAGGCCAAUAUGUGUUGACUUUACUUGAAUUGUUCUGAUGUAAAGUGAUGAACUUUAUUGGACCUGUUAUUAUGCUGUAUCAGUUUUCCAAUUUUAAGGGUUCCUCAGUAAGUAGUGAGAAUUCAAAAGUAUGCACAUUUUUCAGUUG